AUGUUGUCUCGCUUGGCACGCGCCGGCGGAACCAUCUCCGCUCGAGUCCCGAAGAGGACAGUCACCACAACGCAGGUGGGCGGCUACGAGGUCUUCGACCACUCCUAUGAUGCCGUUGUCAUUGGCGCAGGUGGCGCAGGUCUGCGCGCGGCCGCCGGCUUGGUGGGCCAUGGCUUGAAGACCGCGUGCAUCUCCAAGGUCUUCCCCACGCGCUCCCAUACCGUGGCCGCGCAGGGCGGCAUCAACGGUGCCUUGGCCAACAUGACGGAGGAUGACUGGCGGUGGCAUGCCUACGACACUGUGAAGGGCGCGGACUGGCUGGGAGACCAGGACGCCAUUCAGCACAUGUGCCGCCUCGCGCCUGAGGUCAUCCUGGAGCUGGAGUCCUUUGGUCUGCCCUUCUCCCGCACCCCGGAAGGCAAGAUCUACCAGCGGGCCUUUGGCGGCCAAAGCUUGAAGUUCGGAAAGGGCGGUCAGGCCUACCGCUGUGCUGCCGCGGCGGACCGCACGGGCCACGCCAUUUUGCACACCCUGUAUGGCAUGGCACUCAAGUUUGACUGCCUCUUCUUCGUGGAGUACUUCGCCAUGGACCUGAUCAUGAGCGAGGACGGUAGAUGCCUGGGCUGCGUCGCCAUGUGUAUGGAGGACGGGUCCAUCCACCGCUUCGGAGCUCACAGUACCAUCGUUGCCACCGGCGGCUUUGGACGCGCCUACCAGUCCUGCACCUCUGCGCACACCUGCACGGGCGACGGCAGCGCCAUGGCGUCCCGCGCCGGGCUGCCCAUGCAAGACCUGGAGUUCGUGCAGUUCCACCCCACGGGCAUCUUCCCUGCCGGGUGCCUCCUGACGGAGGGCUGCCGCGGCGAGGGCGGCAUCCUGAGGAACAGCGAGGGCGAGCCCUUCAUGGCGCGGUACGCGCCCACCGCGAAGGACCUGGCGAGCCGCGACGUGGUGAGCCGCGCCAUGACGCUGGAGAUCCGCGAGGGCCGGGGCGUGGGCCCCAACAAGGACCACAUCUACCUGCACCUGGAUCACCUGCCCCCCGAGACAUUGGCAGAGCGACUCCCAGGCAUCUCUGAGACUGCCAAGAUCUUCGCAGGCGUGGACGUCACCAAGGAGCCUGCUCCAGUGCUGCCCACGGUGCACUAUAAUAUGGGCGGCAUCCCUACAGACUGGAAGACCCAGGUGCUCCGCAACGUGGAGGGGGAGAUCGUGCCGGGCUUGUUGGCGGCCGGAGAGGCGGGCUGCGCCUCCGUGCACGGCGCCAACCGCCUGGGCGCCAACUCCCUGCUGGACCUCGUGGUCUUCGGGCGCCAGGCCGCGGACACCACUGCAGAGCUGGUGAAGCCCAACUCCCCGCCGGUGAAGCUGCCGCCCAAGGCUGGGGAGGCCUCCAUCGCACGCAUGGACAAGAUGCGCCACGCCAAGGGGCCCAUCCCCACCGCCGAGCUCAGGCGCGAGCUGCAGGUGAACAUGCAGAAGUAUGCCCCCGUGUACCGCAAUGCGGACGACCUCAAGAAGGGCAAAGAUGUCAUCGUGGAGGUCAUGAAGAAGUACAAGGACGUGGGCAUCACGGACCGGACCAUGGUGUGGAACACCGACCUCAUCGAGACCCUGGAGCUGGAGAACCUCAUCAACCAGGCCGCCCAGGAGAUGUACGCGGCGGAGGCACGCAAGGAGUCCCGGGGCGCCCAUGCCCAUGAGAACUUCCCGGACCGGGAUGACGAGAAGUGGAUGAAGCAUACCUUGUCCUGGCUGGAUAAGCCUUUCGUGGAGGACGCCAAGGUGGUGCUCAAGUACCGGUCCGUGAUUGACCAGCCCCUGGAUUCGGAGAUGCAUCACGUGCCCCCCGCCAAGCGCGUGUACUGA